CGAGAUUUUUGAGAAAGAAUUGCAUGAAUUUUGGAGGAGAUUAGAGAUUGGGCUUGAAAUUAAUUGUUUAGAAUUUAUUUAACCCAAAACUCUUGUUUUUAAUUAAUAUUUUGCCUUAAUAUUAUUUAAGGGGCCGAAGCCCAUGAACUAAGAGUCGGCCACUUAGGGAUUUUAAUUCCUUAGUUUGUUUUGAUUAGGAGAGCCGCUAGUUUAGUAUUAUAUAUGUUAAGUUUUAUUAUUCUUAGACACACGUUUCCAUACUAAUGGUUUUAGUGUUAGAUUUUUAAUCUCUCUCUUGUUUUAGUUUGGAGUUUUGCAAUUUAAAUUCUUUUUUUUGCUUUUUACAUUGGAGAAGAUUGGCGGUUAGUUUGAUAGAUUAGUUUGUUUAGUUCUGCACAUUUACUUUAAUUUUUGCUUAGAUUAGGAAUUGGAGUUUGACUUUUGUUUUGAAGAUUUGGCAGAAGACGUCACUCUCGACUUCAGUUUGAAGAUUGGUUGCUUUUAAAUUUAGUUUAUUUCGUUGGUUUCGUAUUUGCUUAGUUUCAUGUUUACUUUAAUUUAUUUGCUUGUUCUUAGUUUAAUUAUGAGUAGCUAAUUUCUUUAAUUCGGCGAGAAUAAUGAAACACUAAUUUAUUGAUCUGUGAGACCUAAUUGAGCAUAAAAUUGGUUCCUAUUGAUUUCGAUUGAUUCCUAGGGUUUAAAGAUAAUUCUGAUUUUAUUUAAGCCUGAUCAACUUAGAUUAAAUUGGAUUACAGUCAAUUAGCACCUCCAAUCCGUAAUUGUUGGAAUAGGGCUGAUUAGUGAUAAAGCUACCAUGUUCGUAGUAGGAAUAAAUUGGUGGAUUAAUUAUUACUAGCGUAUCUAGGAUAAUUGGUCUAAAUUGGGUUCCUUCCUCUUAAUGCUAUUAGAAUAUUAAAUCUAGGUCUGGCGUCUCCAGCUAGGUUAUAUUUUAAUAAGGGAAAUAAGCAGGUCUGGCGUCUCCAGCUGUUUAUCGACACAGUAAGUAGGAAUUGGGGUACGUCCGUUGCGUUUCACGGUAUCCUAUAACUGGUUGGUUGAUACGGAUUAAUUAAUCUUUGCGUCGAUGAUCAGAGUUUGAAUUAGAGUGGAUUUAUUUGAGCCGAAUUACCUUUUUAUUGAUUUAUUUCAAGAGUUAUUUAUUUGAUUUAAUUUGCUUUAUCAGUUAAUUAAUAUUUUCUCCAAAAUUAAGGCGUGGUGGCAUCACCAAUUUUAUAGAUUUUAGGGAAUUGAAUGAUUUUUAUCUGCUCUCUGUGGGAUCGACCCUGCUUACCAUUAUACUAAUUUAUUUUGGUAAUUCCACAGGAAUUAUUUGGUGGUAUAUGACGUCCACCAAUCAUCAAAAAAGAAAGCCACAAAGUCACUAAGCCACAGAGACAAAACAAUCACAAAGAACAACACUAAGAGCGUUAAGCAAAGAAAAAAAAAAGCUACACCUCAGUGAGCAACAACAGUGCCUCAUAGAAAACAAAUUUCUAAACUCAUGCACCCUAAACUUAAUGCCAAACACAAGCUCCACAUAAGAACAAAACACUAAUAGAACCGACGAAGAUGGUCUAAUAAGACUAUAAAAAUAAAUUAUAUCAUACCUAAUACAAUUUUUAUAUUAGUACAAAUAUAGAUUAUGGUUAAAUUGGUCAAUUCACCAAAAACUUGGUAUUUUGAAUUCUUUUAGCUAUUUUAGGAACCUAUGGGAUUUGGGUAGUAAAGUGGCGCGAAUCCCGACUUCUUUUGAGUUUCAUGAUGAGAUUUAUGUAUUACUGUAUCUGAAAAUUUUCAUUUCACCUUCGCAUUUGUCCACCCAGUUUGAGCUCUGCUGCUCCAAAGACACAAAACGGCUACUUCCAUCUCCACCGAUCGGCCGAUGUCUCCACCGUUUUCCUUAGAAGCCCAUUUUGAGCUUUGGUGCUCCUGAGCACACAAACGACAGCUACCAUCUCCGCUGCUGCAGAGGCGCCAUGCUCUAGAUCCGCCGUCUCCACCGCAUUCUCUAUAAGGUUAAUCAUUUCCAUGAGCUUUUUUUCUUCUUCAUUUCUAAUAAUCAAGGAGAUAGGAAAACUGUCAUAAUUCUAAGAUGGUCCAAGAUUUCUUCAAAAAUCUACCAUCGGAAAUCAUACCCUCAUGUAUUUUAUUUUGGUUGUCCCACUAUAAGUAGUUUGUUUCUAUAAAUGACAAAAUUUAAUCUUUAAAAAUGUCUAGGACCUAUCACUUUUAACCAAUUUACAUUUAUUUUUUUAAUUUGCAUGUCCAAAAGUUUUGUGCCACUCAUAAUGGAACGUAGAAAGUAGUAGUAUUAAAGAUCUAUCUUCACGGACUCCCCACUCAAGCCGCCAUGAUCUGCUAGUAUGUUUGUAAGCCAUGGGUUGAUUACUAUAUUCGAAAACUUAUCCUUUCAAUUAUUUACUGCUUGAUUUCGAUGUCAAGUUGUGGAGAGUAUUUGUGGUUUAAUAAGGUCUAAAAAAAGUGUGCGCUCAUUAGCCAUAUUGAACAGCAGCACCGAACAUUGAUAGCGCCCCCAAAAGAAUUGCAUUUCUUCCCCAAUUGUGUCUGAUUUUAUAAAGGAUAAAUUUCUACCUGUUUUUCUUUGAGCUGGGAGUUUAUGGGAGGAAGCAACAUGGAAACGAAGCAAUUAAGAAUCGGAAAAUUAAAUCAAGAUUUCUUCACAAAUCUGCCGGAAGAAAUCAUCAAAGAUAUACUCUCUAAACUACCCAUUCCGACCAUUGUGUGCUGCAAGUGUGUUUGCAAGCUGUGGCUCCGCCUGAUCGAGUCUUUGAUCGAGUCUCGUGAGUUUAUCAAGGCCCAUUUCUCUAAAUCAGUCCCCUGCCUCGCUCUUUUUCAAGGCAAGAAGGGCUCAAAGCGAUACAAAAUUCUCGAAUUCGUGGACACUCCAAACUAUUGUAAACAACUCUUCAGCUUCAGCUUCCCUCGUGCAGAAUUGCACGUACACAGCUCGGCUAAUGGGUUGCUAUUGUUGUUGAAUCAAGGGAUGAAUCGUAAUACCUACAUAUGCAAUCCAAUCACUCGUGAAUACAUCAAGAUUCCUCCAAUAUGGUCCGCAUUCUCUGAGUACGAGAGCUUUGGACUUGGAGUGAGCAAACUAACUGGUCAAUACAAGGUGGUUAGGUGGUUCGAGGAUUAUGCAGUCAAUUCCUCAACUAAGGCAUAUGCUCCAUGGAAGUGUGGGGUAUACACUCUCGAAACAGGAUUGUGGAGAACUAUUGUAGCUGUAUCCGCACACGCGUAUUGGUUAUGUGGAAAAGUAAGUGUUUUCUUGAAUGGAAAUCUUCACUUGUUGGUUUCUGAGGAAAAGCUAGGUGUACCUCGAGAGAUUGCAUGCUUUGAUCUUGAAACCGAAUCUUUCAGCACCUUUUUCGUUCCUGAUCAUCCUACUGAUUGUCGUAGAACCCUCUGUGCGUUGGGGGAUUGCUUAUGCAUGUGCGAUACUUCUCGUGGGUGUGUUGAUAUAUGGUUGAUGAGCAAAUACGGAGAUGAUAAAUCUUGGACAAAGGAAUUUGCUAUCAGGACAAAACUGGCACAUGGUAAAGAUCUUGUGCCCAUCAAAAUAUUAUCCGAACAGGGCAGCCGCCGACUGCAUUGCUACUCGAGCAAGUGCAAGACUACAACUAUUCGACAUAUUGAUCUUACUGGAUCGUUUGACAGGUCUCGUAUGGAGCCCGCUGUUUAUGCCCCAAGCUUUCUACCUCUCAAGAAUUUCGCUCAUUCUGAGACAAAUAUGAGCAUCGCCUCCUGACUAGCUGUUUGCUUUUCUUGUCUGAGACUCUACAUAUUUG